CAGUUUUCAACUGCCGAGAGGAAAAUCUUCUUAUCCAUUGUUUCUCAAAGCCUGAAAUUCUCAAAUCGGAGCUCCUUUGCCCUAUCCAUGGCGGAUUGGCGGUCAAAUGGUUCCAUCAAUGACAAGAAUGGCAAGACAUCGGAUUUUUGUCCGCUUUUUUAACUUCCUUGAGAUUCAAAUCUCUCAUCUCAAUGGCCAUUGCUGCUGCUCCUCUUCCGAGCUAUGCUUUGGAGAUCAGAGACGAUCCAGACGACAAAGACGAUUUCGUGGACAGCAAAUGUGCCUUCGUAAUGGUAGCUCUUUGUCCUUGCCUCGUCAUAAUUAUUCUCCUCCUCAUCAUCGUAUCGAUCGUUCUCAUAGUGAAGUUUCAUAUAGUCUGUCACACACCUUUCCACAGUCUCUCAAGUCUGUUUUACAAGAAGAAUUGCAAGUCUUGAGUUCCAUGGUUUUAGAUUCUAGGAGUUUCUCUAGGGUUUCAGGGGCAGAUACAAGAACCGAGGAAUAUGUUGACAACUAUGCAACUGGUCAUAGUAAGGAUCAUGUCUCUGUUCCAUUUCGUUGGCUACACUUCUCUCUGCUGUCUCCCCAGUCUAGUUUGCAAAAAAUAAUGCCAGUUUUGAAUUAUAGGACUCUUUCCGGCGUUUCAAAGGGAAAAACAGAAACAGUUGAAGAAACAGAACAAACUUGGGAUGAUGAUGAUGAUGAUGAUGAAAGCCAGGAGGAGAGUGAUGAAAGUGUGUGCAAGGUGAUUGAAGAGCUGUUUACAUCAGAUCGAAACGUUGAAGCGGCUCUUGAUCAAAGUGCGAUCGAUCUCUCUUGUGACCUCGUUCUUGAUCUGUUAGCUCAGUUCCGAAAUGCUUGGAGGCCAACAUUUUGGUCCUUCUGCUGGGCUGGGCAACGACCAGGAUUCUUAAAUGAUUCUAGUACAUAUGGUUCCAUGAUGGGAAUUAUCCGGAAGACGAUGCAGUUCAAGAGCAUGUUGGCGAUGCUUGAAGAAAUGAGGAAUAAACGGCUUCAAACAAUUGAGAGGCUCUCCAUUUCUGUACAGGCUUUUGCUGCUGCACGAGAGGUGAAGAGGGCUAUAGAGAUUUUUGAAUCGAUGAGAAGGCACAACUUCAGAGUGGAGGUUGGUACCUUUAUUUGCUUGCUUAAUGCCCCUGGAAGGGCAAUGUUUGGAAAACUCAAGAUCUCUUUGAGAAAAAGGAUCGAUCUCCACCAGACUUACAGAUCAGUGCAGUUCUCCCCUUACUGGAUGGUGUGAGGUGAAGAAUUAGCAGAGGCAGUAAAUUUGAGGCUUCCGGUUUAUUUACAAGGUGGUCUGAGAUUAUGAAGAAAUGGGGAAAGAGGAGAUUAUGAUCAAAUUGGAAAAAGGUUUGUCUGAAUUGAUCCCUAGAUCUCAAACACAGUUAUGACUAGUGAUCUCUCAAAAGGACCAUGAAUCUUGUGCUGGUCUUGCCUUUCUAUUGCCUUGAUCAGUUAACUAGUAUGCAUUAUGUCUGUUGGGGGCUUAUGGAGUGCCGUAUUGGCCCCUUAAAACUAUGGUUUCCUUUUGGUGUUGCAUAUUUUUGUUCACUUCUGUUUAAAUAUUAAAUGGUGUUU